AUGAAACUCGCUCGCGGUAUUUGGUUAGCGGGGAUAAUUGGAGGUGUCUUGGGCGCUCCUGAGCGGCGCCCUUCGACUGCUGAACUUCUGGACUCGUGCACCUCUUCCAAUGAAUGGGACUUCUCUCUGAGCACGGAGAGCAGCGAUGAUACCAAACAGAGCCACCUUCAUCGCGCGAUUGAAUUUCCCUCCGAGUCUCAAGGGACUAGUCCUCGUCAGAUCAGUGGGCAGGUUUAUCUCCACGGACCGGUGGGAGUCUCCGCCGACGACAGCGAUGUCGCGAGUGGUAGCGAACCGACCCUGGAAGUUGUUCGACACGGCAGCACGGUCUGGUACUCGGCACAGCGACAGGUGAUCACCCCCAAGAUCCGAUAUGCCGGUCCCGGCUCCGUCGGCCGGAUUGUGCUCGAGACCCCGGACCUGAGCGCAUUCAACAUCACGAUCGGCAGUGUCUACGGCUCCUGUCCGGAAACCAGCCGCGGCUCCACGCGCAUCCGUUGUGACUGGCAGAAGGUCUCACCCGGAUUCUUCGGGUGGAACGACAUCGGGCUCUACCUGAGCACCGAGGACGACGCGGAGCUCGAGCUGCCGUUCACCCUCACCUCCUACGCGGGCGACAAGGUGGUCGCGACGACGAAAACCACCCUGCGGUGGACGACCCGCCGCCCGUUGCGGUACGUCCAGCGCCAGCCGGAGCUCUUCCCGCAGCCCCGAACCCUCGUUCUCCCCGCCCUGCCCGCGGCCGACUCAGAGCGCAGCCGGUUGAAGCAGGCGUUCACCUUCGCCGACUUCCACUGCACCGGCUUCUAUCUCAACCCAGGUACCCCGCUUCACGUCCAAGCGGACGGCGUGCAGCCGGACGGCCCGUUGCCCCAGUUCCUGGUGGGCACGCCGGCUCUAGUCGACCCGGCUAUCGACUCCGAACGCCUCCCCAAUACCCUGGAGCAGCUGCCCACCAUGGCCAACGGCUCGCAUACCGUCUCCAGUGCUCUGGGGGGCAUUCUGUACGUCAGGUUUACCGCGCGGGAGGAUGGCGAGGAGGUAGGCCCGGUGACGAUCACGCUGCACGACCGCACCGACGCGGCGCAGCCGUUCCCCUUCGUGCGGGAGGGUAUCACGACCGACGAGGAGUACCAGGCCAUGCUGGCGGCGACGACGGUGCCGUUUGCGGAGCUCAGCGGGCGACGGGUGAUCGUGACGGGGCUGGCGCAGGACGCGCGGCCGUACGCCGAACAGGGGCAGAUGCAGGCGCGGCUGUUUCGCUUCUACGGCGAGAUGAUAGAGGCCCAGGACCGCUUGAGCGGCCUGCUGCCGGACGAGCAAGCGGACACAGUGGAUCGCGCGAGCCCCCUGCGGCCGAUGGUGGUACAAACCCGGCGCGGAGUCAAUCCGAACAGCUACCACUGGCGAGCGGCCAUCCCCCGCGAGCGCCACCGGGAGGUCUGGGGUGAGUAUCACCUGCGGCGGUCGUGGAUGAUGUGGCACGAGCUGGGCCACCAGCGCCAGCAGACCCCGAUCUGGAGCUGGACGGCCCUGACCGAGGUCACCGUCAACCUCUACAGUCUGGCGGUCCUGCGCCUGUCUGACCCGGAGGCCCGUGGCCGCGUGGCCGAGUGGAAUCAGGCCAAGGCGUACCUGGCGCGGCCGGCCGCUGACAAAGACUUCGAUAAGGCGGGCUUCUACGUGAGUCUGGUCAUGUUCGAGCAGCUGCGCGUCAUCUUCGGGGACAGCUUCUACCAUCGGCUGCACCACGGGGCUCGCCGUGCCAGCCCGCAGGCCACCGAUGCCGAUAAGAAGCACUACUUCCUGACCCAGACGGCACACCUGGUGAAGGAGGAUCUGACCGAUUACUUUACCCGCUGGGGCUUGCGUCCGGAGCCGCGGAGUGUCGCCGAAAUGAAGAAACACCCCAAGCCCACGGAGGACUACACCAAGCGGCCCGUCUAUGGCGGUACCGGGCUCUGA